AUGAAGUCUGAAAGCGAGGACUACAAGGACGAUGUCAGCCUGCCUCUACGACUGGCAUGGAAAGGAGCAGAAGCUCUUGGUAAUCUCGCCGCGUUCGUUCAGGGACGAGGAGGAAAUGAGGAUCUUCUUCAGAGGUUGCAACUCGAGUAUGAGAAGAACUAUUUCUUGUCGGGAGACAUCGACGUCUCUCUCUAUCACCCUGACUGCUUGUUUGCGGACCCCUUCGCGAGCUUUCGGGGCCGCGAGAGGUUUCGGCGCAACUUGAGCAACCUGGGGCUCUUUGUGCUCAGCUAUCGCUGUCGCCUCCUCUCCCUCGCUCAGGACCCCGUCGACCCCAACGUCUUCCGCAGUUGCGUCAUGGUCAAGCUGCAGCUCAACCUCCCCUGGCGCCCUGUCCUCGCGUGGCCGUGGCGCGUGUAA